CAGCUGAUUGGCUGUUUCAUGUUCGCCUUUCAGCAGGUCCCAGAUCAGUUUAGUCCAUAGACUGUAUAUAUAGAACAUAUAGUCUAUGGUUUAGUCAUGAUUGUGGAGGCCAGACGGACCAGUCCCCAUAAAAGAUGAGAAGAAAAGACAAUAGGCCCUCGGCACGCCGUUCCCCGGUAGCACUAACCAAGCGGCUGUAGCAUAGGCUACUACAACUUGCCUAUAAAGUGAAAUUGGUUAUGAAAGAAAAACCCACCGCUUACUUGCAUGGAUGUUGGGAGCAACAAAGCAAUACGACUGUUCAUGUCAAACAAAAUCAUAGCGAAAAUGUACACCCCUAUUGAGUAAUCGGUCCCGGCGCGCAGUAGCCUAGACUAGAUAAAUUAUUAUUUUAAAAGUGUCGGCUACAAUUAAAAUAAGUUGCAGUAGUGCAGCUCAGAUUAUUCAGAGCGACUCAGGUGAUAGGUAUUCUCCCAGUCAGUGGUUCGCUCUACCUGUUGGCCACACUAGCCCAGUCGUGCUGCCAGGGAAUGUGUGGAGUGGGCGCGUUCUUGCCCGCCUGGCACGGCUGCAUGUGCACACGUAGGCUCGCCUCCACCUACCCGAUUCCGCUUUAAGAAGGCGGAAACCUGCUGCGCUCCCCAGUCUGUUUAUUACGAGCCUCCAGCGGCACAUGGAAACGCGCCUGCAAAUCCGUCCAAACAUGGCGAAACCGUAUGGCGCUCCUCUCAGCGAGAGCGCGCACUAAAUACAGCCCACCUGGGUUAGGACUCCAGUACCGGCCAGAAGCCACGAGAAGCCAUACUUUCUGCUGUCAUCGUUGCUAUCGCACUUGCAGCGGUUCCAACUGUUCCUGACACCAUGGUUGCGCCACCGCUGCCACACAGGCGCGGAUAAAUGCGGCAACGCAGGAAAAGCUCUGUCCGCCUCGAUCAACACCGAGCGCAGUAAGAGAGACGCCCCGCGGGGCUGGAUUUUAAAGCGAGUCCGCGCGGCAGUGCGGAGAGAAACUCCCUCCGGGCCCCAGACGAGCUUAGAGAAGAACCGAAUCAGAGCAGAGGGCGAAAAAGUGAAAUGGGCGAAUCGGCCGCUGCCACCGAGGACACCUUAACUUAACAUAGCCGCGAGAGGAUCGGCGGGAUGGCAGCCUCCAGCAACUCCAGUCUCUCCGGAUCCUCGCUCUCCUCCGAUCCAGAAGAUUUCCAGCCCCCCAUAUGGAAGUCCUACUUGUACCAGCUCCAGCAGGAAGCCCCUCGUCCCAAGCGGAUCAUCUGUCCUCAGGAGAUGGAGAGUCGUCCCCGGCACUACGGCAGAGAGUUCCAUGGAAUGAUGUCUAGGGAAUGUGCAGACCAGCUGCUUGGUGGAGCUGAGGGGGCAUAUCUGAUCCGGGAGAGCCAGAGGCAGCCUGGGAGCUACACACUAGCCCUGAGGUUUGGAGGUCAGACUCUGAACUACCGGCUGUUCUACGAUGGGAAGCACUUUGUGGGUGAGAAGCGGUUUGAGUCGGUGCAUGACCUGGUGACGGACGGCCUGAUCACGCUGUACAUCGAGAGCAAGGCGGCGGAGUACAUCGCUCGCAUGACCACCAAUCCCAUCUACCAGCACGUGGGCUACAGCUCUCUGCUGCGCGACCGCAUCACGCACAGGCUGGGCCGCGCCCGCACAGAACCCAAACGGGUCACCUUCCAACAGGACGAGAAGUGUGUCCAGGUGGAGCCAGUGGGAACGACUGCAGCCCCUCUGCUAGAUGAUCGUCUGGGCCCUGCCUCGGGGUCGGAGUCAGGGCCGGGGUCGCGGGGCCUUGCCGUGCCCCCACGUGCUAAGCGCUGCUGGCGUAAGCGCCAGGAGCUGCUGACCUUGGCCCUGGGGGUUCGCCUCAGUAGCACACAGGGCUCGUUGCUAUGGAAACCGCUAAAGCUACUGGCGUGUCCGCAGGUGGUGUCGUCCCCGCUGGAUCGCCAGAGUGUGCUGAAGGACUGUCCGGACAAACACUGCAGCUACGACAAGGUGCACAACUUCAAGGUUCAUACCUUCAGAGGACCCCACUGGUGUGAGUACUGCGCCAACUUCAUGUGGGGACUCAUCGCCCAGGGUGUCCGCUGUUCAGACUGUGGUUUGAACGUGCAUAAGCAGUGCUCUAAGCUGGUCCCCAGCGACUGCCAACCGGACCUGCGGCGGAUUAAGAAGGUGUUCAGCUGUGACCUGACCACUCUGGUGAAGGCCCACAAUGCACCCCGGCCCAUGGUGCUGGACAUGUGCAUCCGCGAGAUAGAGCACAGAGGCCUGAAGUCAGAGGGUUUAUACAGAGUUUCUGGUUUCACUGACCACAUAGAGGACGUCAAACUGGCUUUUGACCGAGAUGGAGAUAAAGCAGACAUAAGUGCAGCAACUUACGCUGACAUUAACAUCAUUGCUGGAGUUCUGAAGCUCUACCUGAGAGACCUGCCGAUCCCUGUCAUCACCUACGACCUGUACAACACCUUCAUCCAGGCCGCAAAGAUCCCAGACCCUGAUGCUCGGUUAGAGGCCAUCCAUGAGGGCUUGCUGCAGCUGCCUCCAGCCCACUACGAGACGCUCCGAUACCUGAUGAUGCACCUCAAGAGGGUGACCCUGCAUGAGAAGGACAACUUCAUGAAUGCGGAGAAUCUGGGCAUCGUGUUUGGACCUACGCUAAUGCAUCCCCCUGACCAGGAGACUCUGGCGUCCCUCAACGACAUGCGCUACCAGAAAGUGAUCAUCCAGCUGCUGAUCGAGCACGAGGACGUCCUGUUCUAACGUGACACGAGGGGGUCCUGUUCUAACGUGACACGAGGGGGUCCUGUUCUAACUGGACAUGAAGAGGUCAUGUUCUCACUGUUCUAACGUGACACGAGGGGGUCCUGUUCUAACUGGACAUGAAGAGGUCAUGUUCUCACUGUUCUAACGUGACACAAGGGAGUCCUGUUCUAACUGGACAUGAGGAUACUCUCUUUCAACUAAACGUGGGUAUGAGCUUUUUCAGAUGAACAUGAGGACUCUCUCUUUCAGAUGAACGUGAGGACUCUCUCUUUCAGAGGAACGUGAGGACUCUCUUUCAGAGGAACAUGAACAUGUCCUGCUCUAACUCUGCACAAGAGCAUUGUGUUUUAACUGGACCUGAAAAUGAACACUGUAACCUACUGUUUUACUAGACACUGGGACGUCCUUCCACAACAGUACAUAAGGACACUCUAUCUGAGCAGGACACACUGAUACAGAUGGUCAGAGGGACGUCUCUCCCCCCCACACACACACACACACACAAACCAUACACGCUGUUCAAGGGAACAAUGUGGGUGAAUACCAUCCCUCUGCCCAACCUUUAAAGAUGUCAUAACUUAAGACCAUGCAGAAGGUGCCAUUCUCUCCUAAAACAAAAGACUGAUUGAGAAAAAUUUAAAUGCUAAGCACUUUUAAUUACCAAGAAUGAUCUGACUUUUUUUUAUUUAUGUUACCUGUGUUCAGUGUUCUUUCUUGCAUUCUGUAAAUAGUCACUCCAGAAUGUUUAUUUGCCUGUCUUAAGUAUCUGUGAUUUGAAAACAAAUAGUUUUCUCCUGUGUAGGGAACAUUAUGUUAUGAAUUGUGACUAAAAUAACCAAGAAUGUCAUUCAUAAUAAGAUAAGAAAAACAAAACAAAAUCGGUGCCAUUGUUUACAAAUGUGCGAAAGACACUCCUACCCUUAGCCAUAUCCUGGGGCCCAGGUGACUCUGAUGACAUUCCACAUCUGCUCGUGGUAAUGCGGUGUGAUAUGUGUGUUGCCAUGGUAAUGCAGUGUGAUGUGUGUGUUGCCAUGGUAAUGCAGUGAUAUGUGUGUGUUGCCAAUGGCCUGGCUGUUGGAAUGGGUUCUAUCUUCUUAAAGCUUCUAUCUGCCAGUAGUGAUGAAAAGAGAGCCCUAACAUCAGAGAAGUUGAAUGAAUUUCAUUAUUUGAUAUUUUUAAAUGUUUUAUAAAUACAUUUGUUGAAAAGUAUUUUUGAAGAAAAAAAAGAUAUCAUUUUGAGUGUAUAUCAUUAAUUGCAAGAGUCAUUUCCGUGUGCAUGUUUCUUCAGUGAUUCUACAAUCAUAGAUGUUAUGAUGCUGAUUUCCGAAAUGCCCCCCUGCUGCAUAGUGUCACUAAGCCCAAGGGGGCAACUCCCCCCCACCUGCUGCAUAGUGUCACUAAGCCCAAGGGGGCAACUCCGAACUUGUGCUUGUGGACGGGCCGGGCCCCUAGAGGCUGUGUGUCACGUCCUGUUUGUCCUGUCUGGAUUUAGAUCCGAUAGACUAUGAGCUAAACCUACAUAAUGAACUCAAGCAACCUUUAUAAAUUCCACUUCUACCAGGUUGUACCAAAGAUUCUGGUUUGGUCUGAUUCUGACUUUAAUCCUCUCCGGUUCUAGAUCUGUGCUGUAGGCUACUUGCACAGAACGCCUGGUCUCCGGUUCUAGAUCUGUGCUGUAGGCCACAAUGUAUGCAAUAUCAUAAUAUAUUAUGUUAUAUUUAUGCAUGUUCAUCUGGCUUAGAGAGACUAUGCAACCCAAACCUUUGAUCAUGCACACGUUUAAAUCACCCUCUAGUAUUUAUUUUGUGAAAUGUGUUUUUGAUUGUGCAACCCUUUGUUUAAUUUUAUUAUGUUUAUAAAAUAUAUUUUGAUGAUUAAAAUUGUAAGAGUUA